UUUUAUUAGCAAAGCAAAGUUAUCGUCCGAGUCAGAUGUGCUUGUUUGAAAGAAAAAGUUUAUCUUCUUCAACUCCCCUACGUAUUCGUGCUUCCCAUAUUCGGCAUUUUCUCUGAGACCCAAUUGGAGCCUGACAGUUCAUGUCUUCUUUGGCUUGUUCAUUUGAUCUAGGUUUAAUGGGGUGGGUGGAUGUUCUUCCUUAAUGACACUGACUGGCCACAGCAACCUCAUCCUCCCUAAAACAAUAUACAUAUAUAUAUAGCAGCAUAGUGCCAGCAUUUGCGUCAUUUAUACCUCAUUGUUCACUUGUCUCUCUUCUCAUCCUUUUUCCUCAAGUUUCAUGCUAACAUGGAGGACUUUCCAGACACGGAAACUCCAAUUCAGAAGGGCUUGUCGUCUUCGGCAACGGGAUUGAGGUUUUUCGCUGAUCCGACGAGCUGGGACGCUGCGGGCUCCGAGUUGAGGUCUUCGGCCUACGAGGCUUCUGCUGCAGCUUUGGUCGAGAACAACCCGGAGCUCGCUCACAACCAAAGCAUGAUCCAAGAUGAGGGCGUUCACCCAUUUGUUUCUAAGUUGAGUUCUUUGAAUGUACCUAGUGGGUUGAGUUUAGGUCUCAAAGAAAACUUGAUUCCAGUGAAUUUCCUGGAAUGUUUCCAGAAACAAGCUUCAUCUCAAGCCUCCGAGCCCUCCUCUCCUUCUUCGUUAUCGAGCUCUUCCAACUCCGGAUCCCCAAACUUAAGUUUGUUUUCACAUGAAACGUCGGUGUUAGAUGCGUCAAAUCGAAUUGUGAGCAAGAUCGAAACGUGUGAGCCUAUGCCCUCAGCAAAUCCUAUGUUCCCCAUGACCCAACUCAAUCAAGUUGAGGCUCAGCCAGGAAUGGAAUGGCUCAAAGUUACGCAGAGUUUGGCAUCCAAUCACUCAAAGGGUCUAGGAGACUACUGGCUCAGCACCACCAAGACCCAGCCAAUGAAGUACACUGCAAGAAAAGUGCAGAAUUGUCACCAGAAGAAGGCGUCGAUGUCGCCGGUGUCGUCCCCCGGAAAGCUUUUCAGAGGUGUGAGGCAAAGGCACUGGGGAAAAUGGGUUGCCGAGAUUCGGUUACCGAGAAAUAGAACGAGGGUUUGGUUGGGGACCUUCGACACCGCUGAGGAGGCAGCGGUUGCGUACGAUACAGCAGCGUAUAUGUUGCGAGGAGAUUAUGCACAUUUGAACUUCCCAGAUCUAAAACAUCAACUUCAGCUCAAUUCUUUGAAGGAGACGACAGCGGCGCUCCUCCAGGCAAAGUUGCAGGCUAUAUCGCAAGGCAUUUCUGCUCGCAAAAAGGCCGUUGAUCAGCCGACGCCACCAACACCCACGAAGCACUUGACCGAGAAUUCAAGAGCUAAGGGCAUGGGGCAAGACCCAACAAGAAAAGAGUGGCAGUUUGAGUUGGAAAGCAGAGUUGGAGCUGAUGCAGUGGUUGAAAGCAAUAGGAAAUCUCAAGAAGUGGCAUGUGAGAGUGUGGACGGUGUUCAGCUGAGUAGGAUGCCUUCCCUGGACAUGGACACCAUCUGGGAUGCGCUUCAGCUGGUUUCUGAUUCUUGAUUAUUAAUUGCUUUAUUUUUUAGUUUGUGAUGGUUUCAAUGACAUGGGGAUCAUCUAGAUCUGAUUAGUCUUUAUGUUGGUAUUGUUGUCCUGCCGAUAGUCAUUAGCUGUUCUUGUUUUCCAUUUUCAUGGCCAGGUUUUAAGAUCACUGGCAUUAUUUCCUCAGAUGGGGUAUCUUAUUUAGUGUUCCUCACGCCAUUUCUUUUUGGUUUGUUUUAAAUUUCUAUUUCUAGUUGUUUCUAAUAUAAUUUCACAGGCUUCCUGCCA